AUGCAGAUGAUUGUAGACACUGGAAGUAACAUCUCAAUUGUUACCCCGCAACUGUUACGGAACCUUGCGAAAGAUUUGUCGUGUGUACAACCUGUUCCAAACUGUUUAAAAUCUGUAACUGGGGAAAAAUUGAAUCUGUUGGGGACCAUUACCCUUAAAUUUGCAAUUGGCAACCGAGAACUUUUACAGUCGUUUUACGUGGCAGACAUCAGUGAAUCGUGUAUUUUGGGUUUGGACUUUCUGCAGCAACAACGGUGUCAACUCAACAUUAAGGAUGGAAUAUUAUCGAUGGGAAAUGUUCAAGUUCCUCUUUUGCAUCCUUUGACGGACGAUUUGAACCUGCUUUGUUAUCGUGUGAUAGCUCUUGAAGAUAUCAAUAUUCAACCACAUACCGAGGUUGUCAUUCCUGCGAAAGUGGUUGAUUACACUGGCAAGAAUGGGUGGGGAAUUAUUGAACCCACUGACGAGGAAUCCAUUCCUGGAGUCUUCAUUGGUAAAGUUUUGACGAAAUUAACAAACGAAACCACAGUAGUUCCAAUACGAAUGGUUAACGUGACGGAGGAAAAGCGUAAAGUUUUAGCUGGAACUGACCUGGCAAAAUGUGAGACAGUGAGCUUCGUUGUUUGUCCUGACUUUGAGAAUUGUUUCGAAGAAUCCACAACCCGAAACGAAAUACCGAAACAUCUAGCGGAACUUUACGAGAGUAGUACAAAAGAUUUGGUUGAUGAGGACCAGAGAAAUAAAGUGUUUGACCUGUUGUGCGAAAAUGCUACUGUGUUCUCCAGCAACUCUUCAGAUAUAGGAAGAACUGAUAUCGUGAAACAUCAGAUAAUAACUGGUUCAGCAAAGCCAAUUAAGCAGCCUCCAAGACGGUUACCCCUUGCGAAAAGAGACGUGGCUUGCCAGGCGGUAGACAAGAUGCUGAAAGACGGGGUUAUUGAACCUUCAACGAGCCCUUGGUCCUCACCUGUUGUACUGGUCGCGAAAAAGAAUGGUAACCUCAGGUUCUGUGUAGACUAUCGGAAGUUGAACGAUGCGACAAUUAAAGAUUCCUACCCCCUGCCCAGGAUUGAUGACACCCUCGAUGCGUUAGGUGGCUCACAGUGGUUUUCCACGUUGGAUCUAAAGUCUGGUUAUUGGCAAGUUGCUAUGGAUCCCGCAGACAAAGAAAAGACGGCAUUCAGCAUUGGCGGGGGUUUAUGGCAUUUUCGGGUAAUGCCAUUUGGUUUGUGCAACGCUCCCGCCACUUUCGAGCGAUUGAUGGAUCAUGUACUUGCCGGAUUACCCUGGAACAUUUGUCUUGUAUAUCUUGAUGAUAUAAUCGUUCAUGGCAGAACCUUCUCUGAGCAGCUGGAAAAUCUACGGAAAGUGUUCGCGUGUUUGAGGAAAGCUAAUCUGAAACUUUCUCCGGAGAAAUGUAAUCUGUUUCGCCGUGAAGUUAAAUACUUGGGACAUAUCAUCAGUUGUAAGGGCGUGGCAACAGAUCCCGCGAAGAUCAAUAGUGUUAAGGACUGGCCUCGUCCAACGUGCCUGGCUGAAAUGAGAAGUUUCUUGGGAUUGUGUUCCUACUACCGAAAGUUUAUUCGAAAUUUCGCUGAGAUUGCGAAUCCGCUCACUCGCCUAACACAAAAGGAUGUACAGUUCGUAUGGGACUCUGAAGCCGAGAACGCGUUCCAACAGUUGAAAUGUUUGUUGACAAAUACCCCUGUCUUAUCCUUUUUAAGUGACGAAGGAACAUUGAUAUUGGAUACAGAUGCAAGCGGUGUCGCAAUUGGGGCUGUUCUGUCACAAAAACAGGGCAACGAAGAAAAAGUCAUCGCAUAUUUCAGUCGUGCACUUGAUCGAACGCAACGCCAGUAUUGUACAACAAGACGAGAAUUGUUAGCUGUGGUAAAAUCUUUGGCUCAUUUCCAUCCUUAUCUUUAUGGAAGAAAGUUUGCUGUACGGACAGAUCAUUCUUCUCUUCGGUGGUUGGUGAAUUUUAAGUACGCCGAGGGUCAGCUCGCACGCUGGUUGCAAAAGAUUCAACAGUAUGAUCUAAAGAUUGAACAUCGAGCCGGAAAAUGUCAUCUCAAUGCCGACGCAUUGUCGCGACGACCAUGUCUUGGGGAACAUUGCAAAAGUUGUGAUAGAGCUGAAACAAAAGAGCGUACAGCAAGCGAAGGUCAAUGUGAAAAUGAGAACCAUAGAUUGACUUUGAUAGCCAAUCGUGUUAGAAGGCAAUCGCCUGCUCAGGAUACAGAUGUUGAUGAUUUGGGACACGAAAAUUUUAUUGAAAAUGUGGGCCCGCAAGACAUAGUAAAAGCUCAAGAAAUGGAUUCAGACAUAGGACAUGUAAUUAAGUGGAUGAAAAGUGGUAAUGAAAGACCACAGUGGUCCCAAGUGUCAGCUCUUAGCGAAGUGACGAAGAAUUGCUGGGCACAAUGGGACAGUUUGUGUUUACGAAAUGAUAUUUUGUGUCGAAAGUGGGAAUCAUCGGACGGUACGACAACACGAUUUCAGCUCGUGUUACCGAAAGCUUUACGAGAGGAAGUUUUAAUGCAUCUUCACAAUCACCCGACCGGAGGACAUUUUGGAGUAAAAAAAACGCUGGAAAGAGUAAAGGAGAGAUUCUACUGGCCUCGUUGUCGCGAAGAUGUAACACUAUGGUGUUCUACUUGUUCGGAAUGUUCUUCACGUAAAGGUCCAGUGACACGACAGAAAGCUCGUCUAGGAAAGUAUGUCGUUGGCGCGCCAUUGGAGAGGGUUGCAAUCGAUGUAAUGGGUCCUCUGGUUCGAUCUACGAAAGGUAAUCGCUACUUACUAGUGGUCAUGGAUUAUUUUUCGAAGUGGCCGGAAGCAUAUGCUUUGCCAAAUCAAGAGGCAAAAACAGUUGCUACGGUUAUAGUAAAUGAGUUUGUAUGCCGAUUUGGAGUUCCACUCGAACUGCACUCUGAUCAGGGAACGAAUUUUGAGUCAGCCGUGUUUCAGGAAAUGUGUUCGUUACUUGGUAUUAAGAAAACUCGAACUACACCUCUCCAUCCGGAAUCAGACGGAAUGGUUGAGCGUUACAAUAGAACAUUAAAGACUCAGCUUUCCUUGUUUGUUGCCGAACAUCAAAAAGACUGGGAUAAGUAUGUACCACUACUUCUCAUGGCGUAUCGAACGGCAACUCAUGCUUCUACGCAUUUUACCCCCGCGCGACUAAUGAUGGGACGAGAAAUUAGAACCCCAAUUGAUUUAGUUUAUGAACGACCCGAUCCGGAAGUUGUUGAGAGUUACUCUACCUACGUUCGAGAACUGCAAGAAAAUUUGCAAGUGACACAUGACUUCGCUCGAAAGUAUAUUGAACAAAGCUUUGAGUCGAUGAGAAAACGUUAUGACGUGGACAGUUCGGCAUGUAUAUUUAACGAAGGUGAUCAAGUUUGGUUGUAUAAUCCCCGCAAGAAGAAAGGAAGAAGCGUAAAGUUAAUGCGACCUUGGGAAGGACCGUACGUGGUCAUUAAACGGUUGAACGAUCUUGUUUAUAGAAUUCAGCGAGGCAGGAAUGGAAAACUAAAGGUGAUUCAUCGGAAUCGUUUGUGGGCGUAUCGCGGUGAUCAGUCAGAACUUUGGAAUUCGGAGGCGGACAGUUAG